GUCAUUUCCAGGAGGAGAUAGAGAUGUGAAAACACCAAAGGUUCCAGCGCGAUGGUGCUGAUUAUGAUCAGUGAUCAGGUGUAUCGCUGGCCCCAAGGAGAUCAGUGUGCAUAUCACAAAUGGGCACGAGGUAAUAGAAUACAGAGAGGAAGGAGACGCGCAGAUAUGUAGUUAAGAGGAUUGAAUACCGACUUGCCAUCUGCUGAUUUUUUAUGAGGCUGUCAAGAAAUUACACCCGGAGAAGGAGAAGGAGGGGCAGUCUCAAACAUGGGAGGAAGGAGAGUGAGGAAAAGACCAACGCGUUGGUGUUCAUCCAACCCAUAUCAAAAGGUCCGACAUCAUAAUGAAAUUAAACUGCAGCACAUCCUUGUUGCAAAAGUGAAAAGGUGUUUUUAUUUGCAGGUCAAAAUAAACAGGCAACGUUUCGGGCUUACAUCAGCCCUUUCUCAAGCCAUAUCAAAAGUGUAUGAAGGACAAAGGACAAUAUGUCAGGGUCUUACGAUGAGAUGGCUGUUUCACUGGAGGAUACAACCGACAGCUUCUGGGAGCUUGGACACUAUAAACGAACAGUCAAAAGGAUUGAUGAUGGCCAUCGUCUCUGUAAUGAUUUGAUGAGCUGCCUACAAGAUCGAGCAAAAAUAGAGAAGGCAUAUUCCCAGCAACUGACAGACUGGGCCAAACGCUGGCGUCAGCUUAUUGAGAAAGGUCCUCAGUAUGGAACUCUGGAACGAGCUUGGGGGGCACUCCUUACUGAAGCAGAGAGGAUAGGAGAGUUGCACCAGGAGGUGAAAAACCAUUUGGUAUCUGAAGACAUGGAGAAAGUUCGGAACUGGCAAAAAGAAAGUUAUCAUAAACAGAUGAUGGGAGGUUUUAAGGAGAGCAGAGAAGCUGAAGAGGGGUUUCGCAAGGCCCAGAAACCAUGGGCCAAGAAAAUGAAGGAGGUUGAGGCUGCUAAGAAAACAUACCAUAUGGCCUGCAAAGAGGAAAAGUUGGCAAGUAGCCGAGAGGCAUCUGGCAAGGCUGAUGCUUCUGUCACUGCAGAUCAGUUGCGCAAACUACAAGAUAAAGUGGAAAAAUGCAAACAAGAUGUGCAAAAGGCACAGGAACGCUAUGAAAAGAUUUUGGAUGAUAUCCAGAAAUUUACUCCUCAGUAUAUGGAAAGUAUGGAUCUAGUAUUUGAACAGUGUCAACAGAUGGAGGAGAAGCGAUUGGUAUUCCUCAAGGAGGCUCUUUUAGACAUUAAGCAUCAUCUUAACCUUUCUGAGAGCAGCAGCUAUGCCGCAGUAUACCAAGAACUGGAGCAAACAAUCCAAAGCUCAGAUGUUCAGGAAGAUCUUCGAUGGUUCAGAGUAUAUCAUGGUCCUGGAAUGCAUAUGAACUGGCCACAAUUUGAGGAAUGGAAUCCUGAUGUCACUCACACAAUCGCCCGUAAGGAGAAAACAAAGAAAACAGAAGGUGCUGUCCUAACUAAUGUGGCGGUUACUACCGAAAAUAGUUCUCAAGGAGGAGAUCGAGGGAGUUGCAAGAAAAUAAGCCUUCAGAAGAAAGAUACUCCAAAACCAGUAGAAGAUCUCACUGAGAACACAAUGGCCUUUUGGUGGCAAAAUCCAAAAUAGAUGCCCUGAAAAAUUUCACUUUUAAAGGAUGAAGAGCCCAUCAAGCCCCUGAGAAUGCCAUAAUAGUUGUCACCUGUGUCUUUAAAGUACUUAUCCUAACACCUCUCUCCAACUCUUUCUGAAGGGAAUUAGGAAGUUCCACAGCUGAUACUACAAUUUCUUUAUUUGGCAAAUGUCUUCCAGAUACUGUUAUGUAGAAUUUGUGGCAGGUUUCCUGGACUUCAUAAGAACUUCAAGCAGUCAAGGCUAAGUUUCAGGAUCCAAUCUUUAUCCCUGAAUCAGCAAAUCUUUGGAGAACUUCCAAAGCGGAAACAUUUCAUUUUUAAAACAUUGUAAUUGUAAACCUUUCAUAUCCGCUCUCACAGAACAUCUCAAUGAAAUCGUCAGCUUGAUUUUUAAAUAACAUAUCUGAUGAAGUAAUUCUCCUUUCCCUUAUAAGCUGACUUUUAUGGACCUUCCUAGUGACCCCUGCUAGAUGAAAACUAUCCUUCUGUAACAUAUUGUUCCUGUCCGUAGAUUUUUGUAAACAAACCUGUAAUAAAACCAUCUUCAGCGUAUGAAACCUGUAAAUCAAGGUAACUUACCAUUUCUGGUAUAUACUCGAGUAUAAGCCAAUCCAAAUAUAAGCCGAGGUACCUAAUUUUACCUAAGAAAACUGGAAAAUCUUAUU